UGGAGCGGAGAAUGUCUGCAGCUUCGAGAUAUCUCGCCGCCAGCCUCUCUCUCCGUUCUGUUGGCCCUGUCAGUCUGGGCUACGUGUGCGCGGACAAUUCGGGUCGGGCAGAAUUGCGUGGGCGCGCGGCGUUCUGAAAGAGUCAGAACACGAAACACCUGCGCCGCCGGAGAAUGCAGGCGGGGAACCGCGCGACAAUAGACACCCGAGAUCCGAUCACGUGGCGGCGGGGCCCCGCACGAAAAAGCGGGCGGAAAACCAACUGCAACAGACUCGCCACGGCCCGCCCCCUCCCCGCACCGGCACCGCCGGCCGGCGCGCAUUGCGCAGGCCCCCGAAAGUCCCCGCCCCGCCACCUUGA